CCCAAAAGGAAGAGUAGGGGCGCACGCUGUACUGCUUGUCAUCGUUUAAACCCCGUUAAUUAAAACGUUAACCUGAUUGGGUGGAGACAAAGAGGGGAGCGCGCGCCUCUGUCCCAAUAGGCGAACUCUCUUUAACAACCCGCCUCGAGAUAAUGAUGUAAAAAGACUGGAGCGUCUUGCGCGUAAGGAGGACCAUCGUGGAGAUCCUGAGAAGGUGAAUCAGACGUAGAGACGGGAAGGAGAGAGCAACACUUAAUACACGAGCCUCCUCUUCCUCACUACACCUCAGCUGACAAGUGGAGCGAGGCUGCGACUUUACCCCUGACGCGCAGCUCAACUUGCAACGCGCAGAGGGAGACACUAGCAGAGACACGCCAAGAGUUUCCACAGGCGACAGAAACCUGCGAGGACGCGGAGUCUACGAGGAUAUGGACCGGAGGAUGAACUUGAGCGGCGGCGCUGGAGACAUUUUUCACAAAACUCUCAGCGCCGUGUCCACGAAAAAGAUGGACCCGUUUAGAUCGUCAGCCGGUAUUGAACUACCACCCAGAGACCGCCAGUCACCCAUCAGCUGCUUUGAUCAAGCCGACCCGGAUCCAAUUCAGCCCGGUGGAUUGGUGGGAGGCAGAGGGGGACCACUGGGUCUCCCCACCGGAUCUUUGUGUGUCAAAUACGGGGAGAGCGCCAACAGGACUUCGGCGGCUGAGAGCAGCGGCGGUGAGCAGAGCCCCGAUGAUGAUAGUGACGGCAGGUGUGACAUGGUCCUGCUGACUGAUGGGCGGACGGUGCCCGCGGGGAAAACGGAUGGAGGUAAGAAAACCAAAGAGCAGAAAAUGCUGAGACUAAACAUCAACGCCAGAGAAAGACGACGGAUGCACGAUUUGAACGACGCGCUGGACGAGCUGAGAGCGGUCAUCCCGUACGCGCACAGUCCGUCGGUGAGGAAACUCUCCAAAAUUGCCACUUUGCUGCUCGCCAAAAACUAUAUCCUGAUGCAAGCGCAGGCGCUGGAGGAAAUGAGGAGGCUGGUGGCGUAUCUCAACCAGGGCCAAGCCAUCUCUGCAGCUUCCAUACCGGCCACCACGGCGCUGGCAGCUCCCGGGCUGGGCGCGUACGACCAACCGCCCGGAUACCCCUUCCCCGCCGGGGUGCCAACAUCCUCGUGCCCCGACAAAUGUACCCUGUUCAACAAUGCCACAUCCAGCCUCUGCAAACAGUGCACUGACAAGCCUUAACUGCACCUGACAGACUUAAAAGCACACGACAGAACACAUUUGGGGACACUUUGGAGGAAAAAAGUAAGACUGCUGUUGCUGAAGUUAGACUAGAGACUAAAAGUAAUGCUUUUAUAAUAUUUAAUAAAUGCAUCAAAAUGCGUUGUUUUUUUCCAAACAAUACUUGAUUGUGUACAUAAAUCAUCCUUGAAGUGCUGGUAUGAAUGGCAGUGCAAACCAAACAGAAGAAGAGAGCGGCCUGCGCAGGCUCGCAAGUGUCAAGUCACUUAUUGAUCACAAUGAUGGACUCUUUCUGGAGACUCGGGCGACUUAAUCACUUGAAUAGAUGGACAUCUUCCCGGAUCAUGAGUCCAGCCUCACUUUCUUUCUGCUGCUUUCUCGCGGUUUUUCUAUCUUCCUUUCAUUCUCCUCCGAGUCAAGGCCUGCUUUCCCGAACUUCAUCAGUGACCACGUGGAAUGUUCUAAACGGGGAAAGGUGAAAUAAAAUAGAAACUAAGUUAAGUGGUCCAAAUCAGUCAGUUAUUGCUGUGCUGUCUCUGAUUCUUGUUAGCUGCAGCGCAUGCCAGUUUUUAUUCAUUUUAGGGCAGUAUAAAGGAAAAACAGAAAAAAGUCAAAAUCAAGAAAUUAUCAGGUGUUUUAAUAAGUCUUUUGUAAUUUAUUAUUUUGGAUAUUUAUGAUGGAUAUUUUGCUUGUAUUGCACAUUGUUUAAUAAGUUGAUGUUUUGUUUCUUUUUCCCUCAAACACGGAGUCUUCUUGUCAGGACAGGCUGUGAUUAUUGUAGAUAUGGACGAAGAGGGCAGUUUAUUUGUAUUUCAGUGUUGAAAGCUUUAUUAAAAUAUUUUGAACAUCA